AUAUUCGAGUGGGUAAUUUCAAACACGUGACUUAUGCAAUCAAAUUAUCUCUCGCGAUUGGUUUGUGAAGAGUUGACGGAGACGAGUUGUUUUUCUGUGAACCGUGAGAGAUUUCGUGUAUAUACGCUAUCGUGAAAAGACUCGAAAGAAAUGAAACGAGUUAGCCGGGCCUUCUGAGGCUCACCAAUAGCAAUUGGAGAGGGGCGUCCAUAUAUAAAUGGCCCACUCUCACUCCUUGUGGACCAGUCUUCAGGGUGCGUUGCUCUCUCGUGUACUUUCUUUUCGACACCGCUCCGAACUUCUUUGCCGUGGUGGCUUCGUCGUUCACGAAUUUCUUCUCCGUCGCUUCCUCUCCACAAGAGACCGCAUAACGCGCGAUAAUAGAGAUCGCAUAAUUUCGUAAAAAAUCCAAACGAAACAAUUUCGCAAUCAUGACCACCAACAUCCUCGUUAGGAUCUGCGGGCAGAGGGUCCUGCGAUCCGUGAUGAUCGAGCAAAAGUCAUGGAUCGCUGUUGGCAGAUGUUUUAGCACCACAAUGUCGCGUACCAUACUGAAAGAAUCGCCGAACGCGGCGUUCGACAAAACUAUAUUGAGCAAGUACUUGGAUCUGCCUCAGCCGGAAAAUACGAUUCAAGCGAGAUACAUCUGGAUCGACGGUACAGGCGAAGGAAUACGUAGCAAGACCAGAACUUUGGACUUUGUACCGAAACAUCCUUCUGAACUACCAACGUGGACGUACGACGGUAGCUCGACGUAUCAGGCUGAGGGCACCAACAGUGAGAUAUAUCUUUUCCCCGUGGCCAUUUACAAAGAUCCCUUCCGUCGCGGCAACAACAGACUUGUGCUCUGCGACACUUAUUACAGCGACAAAGUUACACCGACGAAAGCGAACAAACGAUAUCGCGCGAAUCAAGCGAUGGAAUCAAUCAAGGAGGAAGAACCCUGGUUCGGUAUCGAGCAGGAGUACACUCUUCUGGACUUCGACCAAAGACCGCUCGGUUGGCCGAAGAACGGUUUUCCGGGUCCGCAAGGUCCUUAUUACUGCGGGGUCGGCGCCGACAAGGUGAUCGGACGCGAGAUCGUGGAGGCCCAUUACAGAGCCUGUCUGUACGCCGGCGUGAAGAUCUCGGGAACCAAUGCCGAGGUCAUGCCCUCGCAAUGGGAAUUCCAGGUGGGACCGUGCGUGGGUAUUAGUGCCGGAGACGAUCUGUGGAUCGCCCGAUUCAUUCUGCAUUACGUCGCCGAGGAGUACGGCGUGAUCGUUACUCUGGAUCCGAAACCGGUCGAGGGUUCGUGGAACGGCGCCGGCGCGCACCACAACUUCUCGACGAAAUCGAUGCGCACGGAGAACGGUAUAGCCGAGAUCGAGAAGGCGAUCGACAAGCUCAGCAAGCAACAUCUCAGGCACAUCCAAGCGUACGAUCCGCGCGGAGGAAAGGACAACGAGCGCCGAUUGACCGGCAAGUGCGAGACCAGCAACAUUCACGAUUUCAGCGCCGGUGUGGCGAACCGAACUGCCAGCAUUCGAAUUCCUCGCGACGUCGCCGAGCAAAAGAAGGGCUAUCUGGAGGACAGAAGACCCAGCAGCAACUGCGAUCCCUAUUCCGUGUGCGACGCUCUGGUCCGCACCUGCGUGCUCAAUGAAUAAAAAAAAAAAAAACGUCGCGCAAGAAAAGAAUGUGAGAAAAAACAGAGGCGCACGCACACGAAGAAGACAGGCAUACUGAAUCGACACGCACACAUCCCCCGCAUACACCUGGAGCGUACAAUUAUUCGUAGAACUUUGAACGUUGGUCCGCGUACCUGUUCGAAAAAAAAAAAAACAAAAAAAAACAAUGAUAUCAUCGAACUCGGAUCGAUAAAAACACACAUGAAUCGAAACGCGUUUAUAAAUUUUACGAAUUUUCUAUAAACAAUCCGAACACACUAAGAUCCUGUGCCUCUUAUUGGCCGUUUUUAAUCUGUCAUUUUUGGAUAAAAAAAAAAAAAAAAAAAUAUGAGUAACGCGCAAGAGAAAUAACGGAAGAAACUUUAACGAUCAAGAGAGCGUUUCUUUACUCCGAGAGUACCAGGAAAUUGUACGACACAUCGAGACCAAACACACUAAAUAUAGUAUACAUAUAUUCAUAUACAACACGGGUGUCUUUCGCCGUUUUAUGUUACGGCGUUGCCGUUCUAGAAGAACAGACGAUAAACACAGAACUUGUAAUUAGUUUUUAUUUGAAUAGUCUUAAAUUCCAAGCGCUUCAAAUGUCGAUAAUACAAUAACAGAUGUCCUUUGAUGAAAAUUUUUUUUUUCACGCUUAAUCAACGCGACGUGUGUCCGCGUUGCGAUCCGGACUCUGAAUUUUUGCAACAACACGUUUUACGCAAACGCGUUCGUUUGUCACAGACAAACGUUUGUACGCGCCGUUUGGGACGUGUACAAACAAGAAUUGAAGUAUUUUUCUUUUUCUAGCAACGCUGAUUAAACAGACAGAUCGUGCGGGAUCCGUGUACGAUACGUAGGUACGCAAGUGUAAAUUCGGGAGUUCGUUGUUGAUAAAACAUUUAUAGUACAAUGCGAAAGUAGUAUAUAAGAACGCAUUCCUUAAAAAGCCAAUUAAACAAGAAAUGGUUUUUUUUUUUUUUUUUUUUUUCACUCGAUCAGUCGAUUAACUCGAAGGACUCGAAGACCGCGUGUCGAUUUCCGUUGAGUUGAUCGACCGUUGAUUCAACUGGCCCUUAGGGGUGUGCAAGGGAUCAAAUAAGAGUGUGACGAUCGGACCUCGAAGGGAGGGAUCGACUCGCGACUUGCCUUCUCGACAUCCUCGUCUGCGACACGAGGACGUCGCCCGAGCAGUAUAUAUAUAUGUAGCAAAAAAUACAAAUGUAGAAACUUAGCGCAACUAAUAUACGUUUAAGAGAGUUUAUUAUAUGAUUAUACCAAGGAGAGAAACUCUGUAUACGGAAGUACGUCGAAGAGUGAGAGGCUGUAGAAAAAAAAAAAAAAACGACAAUCUCAUCUUACCAGCAGCUUGUGCAGGCACACGCAAAAACAUCGUUUUUAUUAAAAUUCAACGAGUGAUUGCCGCGUACCGAGCUUCUCCCUCUUGUAACUUUUCAAGUUUGAAACUAAAUAAGGGUUUACAAGUUGAUGAGAGAGUAUACGCGAUGAAUGUAUUUACGCAAAAAAAAAAAAAACCCUACGUAGCCGAUAAUGACGACGAGACGCGAUUUCGGUCAUUCAAUGUCGACAGAGUCAAAUUUUAGAAAAUAAGUUACAUUAUAAUCGUUGUUAAAAAUAAAGAAACACACUUUAUCUCUUC